CGAUGCUUCUACGCGCGUUCGUCAGUCAGUAAAAACGCGGACGUCCAACUGCAUGGACCAGAACCGCGAACUCCGGCAAAGAUUCGUUCAGUUUUAAAACGCGAGAUCAUACGAGUUUAGUAACCGUAUCGCCCUGGCACAAGCCCGGAAAAACUCUUUAAUAAGACCACUAAGUUUAAGAAUAGCUUGAGGAAGACUUAACUCGAGAAUAAAGUUUAUUAUCGUAUUUGUUUGAGAAAUUUAAAACCCGACACACAAACCAUCGGCGCGUACACAGUGGGUGUGUGUUAUUUUAUUAUUUAUCUGUUUGUUGUUCCGAGGAGAUAAACGUAUUGUUGCGCGAUGUUGAGGCAGGUAACGAUCCUGUUGGCCGUUUUCGCGGCCGCCUCGGCGAUCGAACAGUUCCGCGAGAUAUUCAGAUGGAACACCAUGGACAUUGUAUGGCCUUCUGAAGAAAUACGUACCAAGGUAAUGGACCGCAAUGAAUACAUACCGGAAAAUAACGCCAUUGCGGGAAUUAAAUUCUGGAGGAAAAGAAUGUUUUUGACAAUACCCAGGUUGAAACACGGCGUACCUAUAACUCUAGGUGUGGUUCCGGCAGAGCCCCAGAACAGAGAUUGGUCACCGAAAGUCGAGGCCUAUCCGUCAUGGGACAUGCAGGCUGUAGGCGACUGCAGUGCACUUCAGUUUGUCCAGAGCAUGGAGAUUGACACUCAGGGCAGGAUGUGGAUUCUGGAUACUGGGAGAACAGCCACGAUGACCACUGAGGCCAAGUCCAGAUGUCCACCGCGUUUAGUUAUCGUGGAUAUCGAGAAGAAUGGGGAAGUACUCCGUAGUCAUACAUUCCCGGAGUCAGUAACUUCGUACGAUAAAGUUCUCCUCAAUGACAUCGUGCUGGACCACACUGACGGCGGGUAUGCUUACAUUUCAGACACCAGUGAAACAGAUCCUGGUCUGAUUGUCUUCUCUCUGAGUGAAAACACUUCAUGGAAGAUUCGUCAUGAUUCAAUGAAACCUAAAUCAGAAGCUAUUGGUUUUUCAGUAGCACGAACAUGGAUAACGUCACCGAUUCCUAUUGACGGGAUAGCAUUGUCACCAGUUGACGUGCCUCAACGUUACGUUUACUACUCACCAUUGUCGGCAUUUAAUUUAUACGCAAUACCAACUUCCGUUUUGAAAAACAACACACAAAAUGUUGAUUCAUUCGUACGUGAUAUUGGACGUAAAAGUUCACAAACCGAUGGUAUGAUGAUGUCAGCAACUGGUGUACUUUAUUUCGGUCUGCUUGCCGAUGACGCGGUCGCCAUGUGGGACACCAAAAACCAGCCAUCAUUCGUCACCGGGCAGCGCAUAAUUUCCCGGGAUCACGUCCAGAUGCAGUGGCCAGACACCUUCGGCUUCGACGAAGAAGGCAACUUGUGGUGUGUCACCAACAGUUUGCAGAACUUUAUCAACAACAAAGUUGAUCCAACGGUCGCCAAUUACCGCGUAAUCAGGAUCUCGACUGGUACCAAGAGCUAUCAGUACCACGAGGAUGGCACAGCACCACCAGCUCUGGCAAUAACUGCCGGUGCCGCUGAUCGCGUUGCCAUGGCAAUGGCUACUCUUCUCAUAGCCGUUCUUACUUUAGCUCUUAAAUAAUAAUGUUAUAAUUUUUGCCUGUACAACGACACAAGCAUCGUCAUCAACGAGCAGCUGCAGUUUCGUGUGAUCUCCAUAAACGUCACUGAUACUCCGGUUGAGCUUCAAUGCAUUCUAUGAUCCGUGCUGCCGUCCAGCCAAUUAUUUUUAUGGCUCAAAAAAAUCUAAUAAUAAUAAUAAUAAUAAUAAUAAUAAAAUUAUUUAUAUUAAAUAUAAUUUGUAAAAUAAAUAUUAUAUAGGAGAGGGAGGGGCAAAAGGGGGUACUCAAGGAAAUACCAAGUUUUCGAGGACUCAAAUACGCUAAAUCUUUUUUUUUUUAAUGAUAUUCAAAGUAAAUAGAAGAAAUUUUCAGUUACCGUAAAAAAAAAAAUUUUCUGCGGGCAAAGUGGGGUACCCCCUAAAAAAGGUAAAAAAAAAAAAUUCUGGAUUUUAAACGAGUUUGAUUAAGUUGAAUUUUUUUGUAAGUAAUUUACAUGAAGAAAAAUUAUAUUUUACAUGUUUAUUGGAUACAAAAGAAGAAAAAAAAUUUUUAAUAGUUUUUAUCAUAAAAUAAAAGUCAUUAAUAUUUUUUAACUGGCAAUUGAUUUUUGAAAAAGUUUACUAAAAAAAAUUCAAAGUAACGCUUAAUUAUAUUUACAGAAGUGAUUUUUUUUUAUAAAAUUUUGGGGGUACCCCGUUUUGCCUACCCUACCCCCUUUUGCCCCCCCCUUCCCCUAUAUUGAAAUAGGUCUUGUUUAUAAAGUCCAAGCGUGGAAACCCGCGGUUGGUUUUAUUACUUUUAUUAUUAUUAUUAUUAUUAUUAUUAUUAUUAUUAUUAUUAUAUUUUCACUCUUGAUCUUUAAUCGACGGGUAAACUGUGUGAUUAUAAAUAGGUCCACGUUGCGCACAUUAUUGAUAAAGUGCCAGACUAAAAUUUAUCCAGCUGCCGGAAAAUAUUUGAAAACAAAAAUAACAUAAUUUAUUAUUCAAAAUUAUAAUCAUUUAUUAAUUAUUAUUAUUAUUGUUACCAAAGCAGGGGCACACGGGUCACGGACAAAUUAUCUCGAAUAUGACCCAAAGUAUCGAUAUGUAUAUUACAUAAUUCCGAUGUUAAUUUGAAUAAAUUAAAAAUAAUUGUAAUUAAUAAUAUUUUAUUAUGAGAUAGAAAGUAAAUUUUAGAUGAUAUAAAAAAAAUAUAGAUACUAAUAAUAAUAAAAAAAAAUAAAAACCAACUGGUAAAUGUCCGGUGAAUUAUAAUACCGCAGAUUCUCACAAUUGUUCAUGCUCGCGCGCAACCCAAGCAACCGGGACGGGCAAAAACACGCACAAUGGGCUUGUCCUAGUUUUAUUAAACGUACAAAACAUACUAUGGACAUUUUAUUCGGUGGAAUACCGUAUAAUUGUCGUCUGUGGUCUAGCUCCAUUGUACGCUACAACUUAUCGGCGCACCCGGAGUCUAAAUUUUAAAUUAAAUGUUCAUCUUAAACUUAAACUUAAUAUAUUGUAUGGAACCAAAAAUCCACCUGACUUUUAUUUACAAUAAAUAAAAUAUAUAUUUAUAUAAAUAUUAAUA